CUUGUCUCACACCUUUAAUGCGCUCCAGCGGUGGUGGAUAAACAUUGAUGAGCUCUGCAUUUUCUGCAAAAGGUUGCAUCCUUGCAUGACCUGUAACACCUCAACAGCAGCAGGAGAAAGGAGAACAGAACAUGAAAGAAAGAGAAAUAUAAGGACAAUGGUUAAGUAGGAGAUCAAGAGAGGAAUUGGCAAUGGCAAUGGCAAGGAAUAGAAAGCCAAUUGGCAAUCAAAGAGAGAGAUAAAAAUGAUCCCACAGUAGAAGGACAUUAAACAAACACCUACUGUGCCUCGCUUUCCUCCCCCUCUCCUCCUCGAGUGAGAUUCUCUUCAGAUAAUGCAGCAAAGCCUGCAGCAUAAUUCAAUUAAACUAACAAGAAAGGAUUAGUAAAUUGGGCAAGGUAACUGCUUUUGAGGUGAAACGUUGUUCAAACGUUCCUUGUCCCUCUCUCCCACUUGGAAUCCCCUCCCAACCAAACAAAAUUAUAUUUUUUUCUUCUCCUCCCCCUCGCCUGCAGACACUUGAGCCCCAUCUGAGCAAGGGAGUUUGAGCCAUAGUGGUAGAAUCUGGGAAAAGAUUGGAGCUUGGAAGCAAUGGCGAACGGUUUCGGGCUCCAGUGAGCUAUUGGCAGAUCUGGAGGAACUUCUGUUUGAGUAGAGGACGACAAUGGCAGCCGAGAAGUCCAGCUCCAGAGGCCAAGCAUGGUUUUGCACUACUGGAUUGCCUACUGACAUUGUGAUCGAGGUUGGUGAGAUGAGCUUCCAUCUCCACAAGUUCCCCUUGAUGUCGAAGAGUAGAAAGCUCCACCAACUGAUCACGGAGAUAGAGCAGAAAAAUGGGGCAGACGGAGAGGAGGAAGAGAUCGAAGAAGUGGAAGAGGACUUCCACCACAUUCCGCUGCCGGACUUCCCCGGCGGCGCUGAAAUCUUCGAGGCCGCCGCGAAGUUCUGCUACGGUGUCAAAAUCGAGAUCACCGCCUGGAACGCCGCCGCCCUGCGCUGUGCGGCCGAGUACCUCGAAAUGACGGAGGAGUUCGCGGAGGAGAACCUCGUGUCGCGGACCGAGCGGUUCCUAGCCCAAUCCGUGCUCCGGAGCCCGAGGGAAUCGGUGAAAGCCCUCAAGUCCUGCGAGGCUUUGCUCCCCAUGGCUGAGGACCUCGGCCUCGUGCAGCGCUGCGUCGAAUCCAUCGCCACCCGCCCCGCCUCCGCCGACAUGAGCUCCCUCUUCGGCUGGCCCAUCAAGGAGGGCAGCAGCGGGCGGGCGGCCGCGGCAGCUGACGCCAAGCUCCAGUCUGCCGCCGCCGCCCUCUGGAAUGGGAUCGAUACCGGGAUCCGCCGAAAGAACGGCCUCCGCUCCACCGCCGCCUCGGCCGCGGCCGCGGUUGCCGUUGAUUCCUGGUUCGAGGACCUGGCGGCCCUCAGCCUCCCUUUCUACAAGCGGGUGAUCUCCGCCAUGAGAGCCAAGGAUCUGAACGCCGACGUGAUCGAAGGCUCCCUCAUCUCAUACGCUAAGCGGUCGAUCCCGGGGCUCUCACGGUCGAACCGUCAUCAUAACGCCAGCACUGCGGCCGCCGCCUCCUCUGGCCCGCUGCCAUCCGAGGCGGAGCAACGGGAGCUCUUAGAGACCGUCAUCACCAACCUCCCCCGAUCGAAGAAGAAGAGCAGCAGUUCCUCUUCGGGUCUGGUCACCACCCGUUUCCUUUUCGGCCUCCUCCGCACGGCUAACAUCCUCCGCGCCUCGGAAGCUUCCCGGACCGCCCUGGAACGCAGGAUCGCUUCGCAGCUCGAGCACGCCACCCUCGACGACCUCCUGAUGCCGAGCUAUUCCUACCUUGUCGAGACGCUCUACGACGUGGACUGCGUCGAGCGGAUCGUGGGCUUCUUCCUGGAGGGCCUCGAGGAGAGACCGGCCACCGCUGCCGCCGCCGAGGAGGACGCAGACGACGGCGGUGAUGGGGAGGAGGAGGCGGGAUCAUCCCUGUGUACUGAUAAGAACAAGCUGCUGGUGGUGGGGAAGCUGGUGGACACGUACCUCUCAGAGAUCGCGUCCGACGCGAACCUGAAACCAGACAAGUUCUGCAACCUCGCACUCUCGCUGCCGGACCACGCGAGGAUGUUCGACGACGGCCUCUAUCGCUCCGUCGAUGUCUACCUCAAGGCGCAUCCGAGGAUAACCGAGGAGGAGAAGGAGAGGGUGUGCGGGGUGAUGGACUGCCAGAAGCUGACGCUGGAGGCGUGCACGCACGCGGCGCAGAACGAGCGGCUACCGUUGCGGGCGGUGGUGCAGGUGCUCUUCUUCGAGCAGCUGCAGCUGCGGCGGGCGAUCGCAGGGACGCUGAUGGCGGCGGAGCACGAGGAGGCCGAGGAGGAGGAGGAGGAUGAGGCAGCGGAAGGGGAGAGGAGGGAGAGGGGCGGGUGGAGGGGGGCGGCGGCGAUACGGGAGAACCAGGUGCUGAGGCUAGACAUGGACAGCAUGCGGAGCCGGGUGCAAGGGCUGGAGAGGGAGUGCUCGAGGAUGAGGAAGGCGAUCGAGAGGAUGGACCGCGGGGCGGUGGCGGCGGCGGGGGGCGGCCGGGGAAAGCUGGCCAGACGGUUCGGCUGCAAGUUCGGCACGCAGGUGUGCGUUUCGCACCACCGGACGGUGGUGGCGCCGAGGAAGUCAUGAAGGAGGAUCAACAAAUGGCUUAGCCAGAUGAUGUAAUGCUGUGUCUUAAGCUACAAUGAUGUCAACUUUCGCAAGACUAAUCGAGCACAUGAGGACGAUUUAGGUGAAA